AUUAUUUGUUUGUCUUGAAAAUCCAAAUAUAAACUGAUUAGUGAUUACUGAAAUCGGCAACUGUUCUACAUUUUGUUCUCUUGGAAUUUUUUCGUUAUAGAAUUGAAUACUCUAAAUUUCAUUUAUAAUUUGAUAUCUGAUACUUUUUCUAACUUGUUUUAAAUAAUUUUACUGAUUCGAUUUAAAAUGUUGGGACGUUGCCUCUAUCGUCAAAUUUUUACAUCAUACAAAUUCAUUACUCGAACUGCUAAUCAAAAUUUACAUUUGUCCUCGUAUAAAGCUUCUGUAACGCUUGAAAACAGCACAGUAAAUAACUUAAAUUUAUGUCUUCGUCGCUCAUAUUCAGAAAAAGCUAAAAUAGAAGAUGUCAUAGUAGAUUAUGAACAUGUUAAAAAAGCAACUUCCAAUGAUAGUGUGUAUAUUAUUGAUGUUAGAGAACCUGAUGAAGUAAAAGAGCAUGGAAGCAUUCCAAACAGUGUGAAUAUACCCUUAGGAAAUGUGACUCCCGCAUUAGGCACUAUGUCUGAUGAUGAAUUUACAAAACUAUAUAAAAGGGAGAAACCCUCUGAGAAUACAGAAAUCAUUUUCUAUUGUAUGAUUGGCAAGAGGUCUGGUAUGGCUCAGCAAAAUGCCAUUAACUUGGGAUUUAAAAAUGUAAAGAAUUAUCUUGGAAGUUGGACAGAUUGGGCUCACAAAACACAAUAAAUCGUUCUUUUGGUGUAAUUAUGAACCAUCAAUGAAAGGACUUUAAAAUUACAAUAAUUGUAUAUUGUGUAUAGAUGACUUGUAAAUUGUAAUGUGGUAAAUAAAUGUAUAAUCAAAGUCAAACAAGUAAGGUUUCUCAGUAAUAAAAGAUUAUAAAAUA